UGCCGAAGACCACACCUCACAGAAGACAGAAGACAGCACUACAGAGAAAAUAUCGACGAACCGAUUUGAGAAAGGACGAAAAUGCAGAGCAUUAGAAAGAGCUUUCCAACAAGCUAACACAAGCCACGCCUAAGUGAUGCCGAUUGAGUCAUCACUUGUGAAUUUAAGAAGACUGGACGGUAUUUUAUCGGUUGAGACAAUGCAAGAACUUGUUGCUAGCCUUGAAGAACUCCGAGCUCUCAUCACCACAACACAGGCGAUGUCAGGACAGCACAGCGAAGACGCCUUUUCAGCCCCUCGUAUGCCCUCAGGCCAGCGAGGGAGACCUAAAAUUGCCAUAACAAGGCAGCAAAUACAGUUCCUCGUGGGUCAAGGCUACACAUUCAAGCGGAUGAGACAGUUGCUGAAAUGUUCAGCAUCUUUUUUAUAUAAGAAAACCAGAGCGCUUGGAUUACCAAUUAGGAGUUCCAGGUCAAGAACCCUAACCAAUGAGGAACUUGAAGAUCAUAUAAGAAGACUUCACAGACAGUUUCCGAGAUCUGGAAAUGAGAUGAUGAGGGCAUUGCUGCGAGCAGAAGGAUUCUUUGUAACACGACAGAGAGUGAGAGCGAUGCUGACUUAUAUUGACCCAGCGGCUGCUGCGCGAAGAUGGAGCGCUACCGUGGCAAGAAGAACAUACCAUGUGCCAUAUCCCAACAGUCUGUGGCAUAUGGAUGGAAACACGCGUCUCAUCAGGUGGGGCUUAGUUGUUCAUGGAGCCAUAGAUGGAUACUCACGCCUAGUAACAUACCUAAACUGUAAUACAAACAACAAAGCUGUCACUGUACUUACAGUUUUUGAAAGCAACAUGCCUGUAUGGACUCCCAUCCAGAGUUCACUCUGAUCAUGGUGGGGAAAACACACAAGUAGCAUUGUUAUGAAUAUUGUCCAGGGUGUAGAGCGCAGUAGUCACAUAACAGGGGAAUCUGUCCACAACCAGAGGAUAGAGCGCCUCUGGAGAGACGUGUUUCUGCAAGUUCUACACUACUUCUACAAUGAAUUCUACAGCCUAGAGGAUGCUGCCAUACUAGAUCCAGAAAAUGACAUCCACAAGCUAUCACUACACCUGACCUAUCUACCAGAAAUUCAACGUAGGUUUAGCAUGUUUAGAGAGGCCUGGAAUCAGCACAGUCUCAGGACAGAAAACAACCGAACACCCUCACAGAUCUGGACAGAGGGCAUGCUGACCAACAGACAGCACUCCCAUCAACAACGUAUUUGGUGAUGACCCAUAUAGGGAGGACAGUUUAGAGGCCCUUCUGGCACAACAUGGCAUUAACAACUUUCUAACCGACAUAGAAGAACAGUUCCCAGCUGUAGUUGUCCAACAACUCAAUGUAAACCUUAACCACCAAUGUAUUUUACACACAUAGUUUACUGUAUGCACCUUCCUGCCAAAGCAAAUUCCUUGUCUGUGCAAACUUUCAUGGCGAAUAAAUCCCAUUCUGAUUCUGAUUCAACAACAGCAAGACGUUUCGAGGGCCAUAGAGGGAAUUGUGGACUUGAAAGUGAAAUACCAAACAUGCUGCACUGAAAUUUCUAACAAGUUGAAUGAGCCAGCCAGGGGACUGCCUUGAAUCACAUGACUAAUGCAUGUCUAUGCUCUUUAGAUUUGCCUUGCAAUGUGCUUGAUUGAUAGAUCUAGCUGAUGUUAUAGUAACAGAAAGACCACUUAUUGUACAACCCUUCCGUCACAUUUAUUUGAACAUUUUUGUACAAUUGUAAAUUACUUUUAAGAGGUUCAGAAAAAAAAGCUUGGUUUGAAUGUGAAUUAAAGAUGAACAGUACCAAAAAUC